GAGCAGGUGAAUGCGAACAACAAUGGAAGAAGCAGGUAAGUACACAAAAGAUGGGACAACUGAUUUCCGCAAGAAUCCAGCCAUUAAGAAGGAAACUGGAAGCUGGAAAGCUUGCCCUUAUAUUCUCGGAAAUGAAUGCUGCGAAAGAUUGGCCUACUAUGGGAUCAACACAAAUCUAGUGAAUUAUCUCAAGUUUCAAUUGAACCAGACCAGUGUUGCAGCAGUCAGCAAUGUCACAAAUUGGUCUGGCACCUGCUAUGUCACCCCUUUGCUUGGAGCUUUUCUAGCAGAUGCCUACUUGGGAAGAUACUGGACCAUUGCUACUUUCUCCAUCAUCUACGUCUUCGGGAUGACACUAUUAACACUAUCUGCAUCUCUGCACGGCCUAAAACCGCAAUGCGACUCGCAAAACGUAUGCCACCCAACAGGCUUCCAGGCCGGGAUUUUCUACAUGGGACUUUACCUAAUUGCCCUCGGCACCGGAGGGAUCAAACCCUGCGUUUCGCCCUUCGGUGCCGACCAAUUCGACGAUUCCGACGAGACAGAGAAGAAAAGCAAGAGCUCCUUCUUCAAUUGGUUCUACUUGUCAAUCAACAUGGGCGCGCUCGUGGCCUCUACCGUGCUCGUUUGGAUACAGACCAAUGUGGGGUGGGGAUGGGGUUUCGGUAUCCCGGCCGCAGCGAUGGCAGCGGCUGUCGUGAGUUUCUUUUCGGGUACGAGGCUGUACCGGAACCAGAGACCCGGCGGGAGUCCGUUGACCCGGAUUUGUCAGGUGGUGGUUGCUUCAUUUAGGAAGGCUCGGGUUCGAGUCCCGGACGAUAAGUCUUUUCUGUUUGAGUUUGUGGAGGGAGAAUGUGUUGUCAAAGGAAGCCGCAAGCUUGAUCACACUGAACAACUAAGUUUCUUCGACAAGGCAGCAGUGGAGACUCAAUCCGAUCGAAUCAAAGGCUCAAUCGAUGCCUGGAGACUCUGCACCGUAACCCAAGUCGAAGAACUCAAAUCCAUAAUCAGAUUACUCCCAAUUUUAGCCACAGGCAUCAUAUUCACCACAGUCUACAGUCAAAUGGGCACCUUAUUCGUCCUCCAGGGCAACACAAUGGACCUCCACAUGACCUCCUCGUUCCAAAUUCCCCCGGCCUCCCUCUCCCUCUUCGACACCGUGAGCGUCAUCUUCUGGGUCCCAGUCUACGACCGAGUCAUCGUGCCCUUUGCCAGGAAAUUCACGGGCCACAGAAACGGAUUCACUCAGCUCCAGCGGAUAGCGGUCGGGCUGGUUAUCUCUGUUUUCGCCAUGUUGGCCGCGGGCACUCUAGAACUCGUCCGGUUGAGAAUGGUUCGGGAGCAUGACUUUUAUGAACUCGAGCAUGUACCCAUUUCGGUCUUCUGGCAAGUUCCGCAGUAUUUCGUUAUCGGGUGUGCUGAGGUUUUCACAUUUAUCGGGCAGCUGGAGUUUUUCUAUGAGCAGGCUCCGGAUGCGAUGAGAAGCCUCUGUUCGGCCCUGUCGCUAGCCACGGUUGCGCUCGGGAACUAUUUGAGCUCGUUGCUUGUGAAUGUGGUCACUGAUUUGAGUACCAGACAUGGGAAGGCUGGUUGGAUACCUGAUAACUUGAACUAUGGGCAUUUGGAUUACUUCUUCUGGCUUUUGGCUUUGUUGAGUGUGCUGAAUUUGGGAGUUUAUCUCUUGGUUGCUAAGUGGUACACAUAUAAGAAGCCGGUCGGUCCGUCCACCGGUGCAACACCUUGACCUUAUAGCAUUGCUCUUGGAUCACCUAAUAAUAAUGUUCCCCCUUCACGUCGUCGUUGUAUUUCUUCGAAAUUUAAUUUGGCGCAAACUUUUGAUUUCUGUGAGAUAAUGCGAGAUAUU